AUGGCCUACAAUCCAUACGGAGGCAACCCAUAUGGUCCUCCUCCCUCCUUCAAUGGCUUUCCUGGAGCAGGCGGUGCGCCUGGCAUGGCCCCGCCGCCCGGCCUAGGCCCUCCACCAGGCAUGUCCUCUGCCCCUGGGAUGGCACCUCCUCCAGGUGUCCAGCAAGCCAAUUCUCCCGCACAAGCUAAUCGACCAAGUGGACUGCCCGCCUCCUUCCAGCCGCCCCCAAACCUGCCAAACAUCAACUUCAACGCCCCCGUGAUCCGCCUCGGCUCCUCGUCGCUACCACCCAAGCCAGCGCCCUCCGCCGGGCCUGAUCGCAGGGAGUCCAAUGCGCCGUCGUCGGCCGGCGGUGGCAGGCCCGGUCUGGGCGCAGACAGGAAUAUCGAACAGUCCCGCGCGGCCGUCAGAGAGAGUAUGCAGGCGCUACAGGCACCAACUCAAGAAGAGCGUUUACGAACAAUAUUCUUGCACAAGAUUCCAGAAACACUGGGUGGCGACGAAGGUGUGGAGAAGUUCUUGGGCCUUGUCGGCAGGUUGCGCCGCUGGGACUCCGCAAAGUCAAAUCUAUCAGACCACAAGGGUGAGCUUUUCGGUUUCGCCCAGUAUGACGACCCUGACUCUCUGGCUACUGCUGUCGAGCUCCUCAAGGACAUCGAGUUGCCCGUCAAGAAGCAAGAGCCUACCGAUGGCCCCGCCAAGGACGAGUCUGGCGACGACGAGCCGUACAAAGGUAUUGAGAAGACCAAGCUACAGGUCGCAGUCGACGAGAGCACGCUCAAGUUCCUCGAGACGUACGAGGAGAACAGAGCCGACGACAGCGGGAGGGAGGCGAGGCUGGAAGCACCCAGAGCUGCGCUGAAACAAGCCGUGCAUGAACUUUUCUAUCCGCCCCUCCGUAAGACGCAAGACGGCGAAGGAGAUGUUAACAUGGGCGAUGCCAACGGUUCAGGUGAAAAUGUCGAGGUUAUCAACAUCCCCCUUGCACAAGAAGACGAACUGGCAGACAUCCCAGCCGAGAUGAGAGAGGUAGUCGCUCAAGAGAUCGCCGCAUUUCGUGACAGGAGCAUUCGGCGUGACAUGGAGCGGCUGAGGCGGGAAGAGGAAAUGGAAGAGAUGGAGCGGACGCGUAACGGCGCUGCACGUCCAUCCAGAGACUCGCCUCCGCCCGGUGCCAAUUCCAUCCCGCUCGGACCCAGAGGCGUGCCAAAUGCACCAUCUGGCCCUCGUGGUGCGGGCCGUGGCGUGGCCUUCAUCAACGGUGCGAAUGGUGACGGAUCAUUCCACAGGGAUGACGAAGAUACCGACGCCAGUGACGAUGAGCUUCAUCGCAGGGAAUCAUCUAAGCACAAGUCCGAGGAUGACAAGCAGUACCUUGAGGCGGAACGGAAGUGGGUCAACAGAGAACGGCAGCGGGCCGCCGCGCUUGAGCGCGAAACAGACCGGGAGAAGGCCGAAGCCGACAGCAUGAAUCAUCGCAUCGAGGAGCAACUCGAGCGCGAGAAGAACUGGGACGACGAGAAGGAGGCCACGCGCAAGGCGCACCCAUACUACCGCGACCAUGCAGCAUGGGCGAGGAAGCGUGCCCAGGACCGCACAGAGGAGGAGAGCCGCGAUGACGCGGACCGCCGGGCCGAGCAAGCUGAGCGCCGACGCGAAGCGGCCGAGAUGGAGCAGGCUAAGGACAUGGCCGACUCGUUCCUCAACCAGCAGGCGCAGGAGAUUGAGCAGAGGCAGCAGCAGGCUGCCUCGGCGGCCGCAGCCCCGGCCCGGUUCACCAUGUCCCUGGGCGCCGCGGCGCAAAAGGCGCAGCAGCGCGCCGGCCCACAGCGCAGGACCAUGGCCGAGGUCGAAGGGCUGCUGGACGACGAGGAGCACGAGCAGACGACCAAGAGGCAGCUGGUGCCGAUCAAGUUCGAGCCGCUGGGGCCGGACGACACCAAGGCCAUGAGCGAGGAGGAGAUCCAGCAGGCGGUCAAGUCGCUGGCGCAGGAGAUCCCGACGGCCAAGGAGGGCCUGUGGGCGUGGGACGUCAAGUGGGACUACCUGGACGACUCGGCCGUGUCGGACAAGCUGCGGCCCUUCAUCGAGAAGAAGGUCGUCGAGUACCUGGGCGUGCAGGAGCAGCUGCUCGUGGACGUGGUCGAGGAGCACCUGCGGCGCCGGUCGCGGCCUGCGGAGCUGGUUGAGGAGCUCGAGGGCCCGCUCGAGGACGACGCCGAGGACCUGGUCAAGAAGCUCUGGAGGAUGGUUAUCUUCUUCACCGAGAGCGAGAAGAGAGGGUUACCUGCUUAG